AAGAUCCGAUCUUAGCCAGCGAUGACGCCGAAAGAAAGAAAGCAUUCAAUGCUCGACUCACCCAUACUCACUCCAGCCCACGAAAAGCCAGCAAAGACCUUUUUGUCCAUGCUCCUCCGCGGUGCACUGCCUGCUCCCUUCUGGUUCGAAAUUUGCUCCGGCUGUUUGUGCACGCUGCACCCACCAAUGAACAUCUCCAUGUGGACAUACGCGCAAGCGCAUUUCCGUGGAGAGUGCUACCCCGACUUUUGUAGCGGUUUUUUGUUCGAUACAAGAUCCUCGACGAAUGCUGGUUAGGAGUAAUUCCAGAGUGGGAGGACGAACGGCACGGAAAUCGCGAGAAGGUUUUGAAGCCACCCAUCGGCCCUGGGGCAUGAGAAACACUUCUUGGAUCCCGAACGAUUUGACGAGCCGGCACGCAAAAUUCAUUGGAGUGUGCCUUACAACCUCAAAGAGCAUGGGAGGUCGUGGGAUACUUGGAGCGUUAGGGAUUUCGUCUGUAUGAACUGGAGAGGCUGGAUGACAUGAUACGGAGAUGCUGGGUUGAAGAGCACGAGGAGAAGUAGUAAGAUUUCGUGUUCCACGAGCUCUACCUCUAUGGUAUAAGAAUCAGCAGCACCAACGAGCAGCUUGCAAAUCGACUGGGUGCAGCCGUGCUCGGUACUGGAGGAAUUUGCCUGAUCGUCGGGGGUCGCUUGCGAGGAUGGGACCAAAAUCACCGAGAGGCUGAGGUCGUCUGCAGAUAUUCGUGCGCUUGUGGAAGAUGCGCGCUGGAUGGAGACAUCGACAAGAUGUGCGCAGACGAAAGAUCCUCGCGCAUGACGACAAGCGAACGACGCUUCGAGCAAAAUCUGGCAUACAUUGUAUGGCUCCAAAUGCAAAAAUACGACCUAGACAACUACAGCGCGAUCGACGCAGAUCUCCAAGGCGAACCUCUCGAUGAAUUGGAGAAGGAGACUCUGACAAUAUAUGAUGAGUGUGUAUAUGAGCGCUCAUCAGCCUUGCUAUACACUCACGUCGGCGCGGAGAUCAAUGCUGUCCUGAGUAUGUGAAGGAUUGUAGUUAUUUCACGCCUACUCUAUCAAGCUCAUCAGCCUCUUU